UUUAGCUCAGUUUCAGUCUUUUUUGAGUUGGGAAUUUGUGUAUCUUUUUUUCAUAAUUAAAGAUUUGAUUUUUAGAUUAGUUUUGAUGUCUGGACUUGUGAACUCUUUGUCAUAAAUUAGUUGAAAUUCAAGGAUUUUGAGUACCCAUUGGAAGAAAUUUCUUGAUUUAGUAGAAUUGGUUGAAGAGAAUGGAGAGAUAAGACUAGGAAUGAAGAUAUUAGGGACAAGGUGGGAGUGACCUCCGUGGUGGACAAGAUGAGGAAGCGAGGCUAAGAUGAGUUGGGCAUGCGAGGAGGAGAUGUGCAAAUGUCCUAGUGAAGGGGUGUGAGAUGUUGGUUGUGUGGUUAAUGAGAUGUAGCGGUAGGUCGAAAAAGUAUUGGGAGAGGUGAUUAGAUAUGAUAGGAUACAUCUUUAGUUUACCAAGGACACAUCCUUAGAUAGUAGUAUAUGGAGGCCACGUACUAAGAUAGAACGUUAAUAAGUAGUUGAGUGUUGUCCCACUUCCACGUGGGAUAGGUUUGGUGGUAGUUUGGUGUGCAGUAUCUGUUUCUUCGCUCAUACCAGUAGUAGUAGCAUUAUUCUCGUCGUUUCUUGUCCUACGAUUGUUGUUGAUUAUCUGUUGUCUCAUAUGCUUUAGUUAUCGCAAUUUUUUGGAUAUUGUUAUUGCUCCUUGUCUUCUGAAUGUUAGGUAAUGCUUUCCCUAUUAUUUGCUAUGCCCUCUUUAGUUCUGUAUUUUUCUUUGCUUUGAUAUGUGUCACUUGAGCCGAGGGCCUUUUGGAAACAACCUCUCUACCUCGUGGAGGUAGAGGUAAGGUUUGUGUACACAUUACUCUCCCCAGACCCCAUCAAUGGGAUCACACUGGGUAUGUUGUUGUUGGGUGAAACAAAUGAGAGUUCAAUUUCAGUCUUUCCUUGAUGCCUGACUUUGUAUAUCUUUUGCCAUAGUUAAAGGCCUGAUUUUUAGCUCAGUUUCAAUCUUUUCUUGAUGUCUGAAUUUAUAUAUAUAUUUAAAGGUAUAUUUUUUGUGCAGUUUUAAACUUGUGAUGUCUGAAUUUGUAUAUAUUUUACCAUGAUUAGUUGAAUUUCAGGGAUUUUUGAGUACCCAUUGGAUUUUUUUUUUAUCUUGAUUCAGUAGAACGGUGAAGAAAAUGGAGUGUAGUUUGAAGGAACAUAUAAUCACUCUUUCUUUUGCUGGUGAUGAAUCUAUGAUGGAGAUGGGUUCCGGGAAUUAUGGGUGCUCGCAUUAUAGAAGGAGAUGCAAAAUUAGAGCACCUUGUUGUGAUGAAAUAUUUGAUUGUAGACAUUGCCAUAAUGACUCAAAGAAUUCUUUAGAUGUUGAUCCACUCAAACGACACGAUAUUCCUCGCCAUGAUAUUGAAAAGGUCAUUUGCUCAUUGUGUAAUACUGAACAGGAUGUUCAACAAAAAUGCAUCCAAUGCGGGAUUUGCAUGGGGAAGUACUUUUGCUCAAAAUGCAACUUCUUCGACGAUGAUGUCUCGAAGAAUCAAUACCACUGUGAUAGAUGUGGAAUCUGCAGAACGGGUGGCGAGGAGAACUUCUUUCACUGUGACACAUGCGGAUGUUGCUAUACAAAUUUGAUGAAAGAAUCACAUAUUUGUAUAGAAAGAGCGAUGCACCACAAUUGCCCUGUUUGCUUUGAGUAUAUUUUCAAUACAACAAAAAAUAUCACAGUCUUGCCUUGCGGUCACACAAUGCAUCUGGAAUGUGUCUUGCAGAUGGAACAAUACUUCCAGUUGCCUCAACAGCUAUGCCUGAAAUAUAUCAGAACAAGAUGGUUUGGAUUCUUUGCAACGACUGUGCGGAAACAUCUGAGGUUAACUUCCAUAUAGUAGCACAUAAAUGUCCGAGUUGCAAAUCCUAUAAUACAAGGCAGACAAGAGGAGGGACCAGUUCAUGCUCUAAUAUUACCGAAAUGGUCAGAUGAGGUUAUUAAUCGCGACAUUUGAUCAGAUUUUUUCUUCAAAUUUGGCAAGCUUUUAAACGAUGAAAUCAAUGCCCACGAGUCACAACUGCAACAAUUGGUAUGAUAUGAUUAUAACUUCAUUGUUUUCGACAUGUUUUCCAUGGGAAUCAUCGAUGAGGAAUUUACAGGUCAUUACUUGCAACAGGGAGUUGUCGAACAUUCUUCACUUAAUUCUUUCACGUAACCUCUUUCUGAACUACUAUAUGUAGAAACGGAUUCAGAAUUUUAAGUUUAUGAGUUCUGAACUCACAACCCUUUACUUUCCUAGAUUCACGAUAGAUUAGUUAUAUGUAUUGUGUGGAUUCUUCUCAACACAAAUAUAAGGUUUGGAACAAAACUACUGAGAUCUGCUGAACCCGUUUCAUGUACUGUAGAUCCGCCCCUAUCUUCAUCCAAAUUUGUUUCUCAAUUUGAUUGGUACGUCUGUUAUGUCGA